CUGACUGUACUGCGACGAAGAAGAGAACUAUUCCAUUGAAGCACACAGGUCAAUGUUAUGUACACAAACAUUUAGAGAUUAUUUUUUUGUCUCACGAAAGCACUGCAUACUCUUUAGAUAUCAUUGACUAUUGAGUGUCAUUGAAGUUAUGUUGUGACGUUUCUUCAAGGUUCGUCUGUAUUUUUGCGCUUGUUUAUGCUGAACAUCUUUGACAAUCACUGUUUACAGUACAUGAAGUAGGUCAUUGGUGUUAGCAUGUUUCUGGUGGGGUUAACUGGCGGUAUCGCUUCGGGGAAGAGCACAGUGUCGUCUCAGCUGAGAGAACUGGGAUGUCCGGUGAUUGAUGCUGAUGUGGUUGCUCGCAAAGUGGUGGAGAUUGAGAGCCCAGCGUACAGGCUCAUCCUGCACCAUUUUGGACGGGAGGUUUUGUUAGAGAAUGGAGAGAUUGACAGACAGAAACUGGGGCAGAUCAUCUUCUCCAACCCCGAGAAACGAAGACUUCUUAAUUCCAUAACGCAUCCACUGAUACAUAAAGAAAUGUUAAAACAGAUUCUUCUGUACUUCAUUAAAGGCUACAGAUAUGUGAUUUUGGAUGUGCCUCUGCUUUUUGAAACACGACGUCUCACUCGUUUUUUGACCCACACUGUUGUUGUUUACUGUGAUCCAGCAACACAGAUGUCCAGACUCAUGCAGCGAGACGGCCUGAGCCACGAGGAAGCCGAACAGAGAAUCGCUGCCCAGAUGCCCCUCAAUGAAAAGCGUGGACUGGCCAGCCACGUCAUCGAAAACUCAAGCUCUCGUGAAGACACUCACAGACAAGUUCUCCGCUUGCACACCAAGCUGGAGGACUCCAUGGAGUUUUUGGUCGUAAGGGCCGUCGCUUUAGCAGCUGUCGCUGGGCUCGGCGGUCUUUUCUUAUAUACAGUCAAACUGCUCGUCUCUUAGCAAACGUACAGAACUACUUUCACACCGAGACAUCCACGGCCGAGACAUUUUAUAUUUUAACAUUUUAAGAUUUUGUUUCAGUUUAAAAUUUUUGACUUGAUAACCUUUCACUCACAGAGCUGUAUUUAUAAAACACUUAAGGCUAACCCAACCGUUUCACAAAGCACAGAAAUUGCUGUGAAUUAUAUCUCUGUAAUGUGAGAUGCGCUAACAAUGCACUUACAGUAUGUUAGCUUAAAUACUGUAUAAAACAUAGGACCGUAAUGAUGUGAAGUUUUCUUACCUCUACACGUUUGUUUGUUAUUAUGAGUUCGAACACACACACACACACACACACACACACACACACACACACAAAAAGUACUGAAUGUGUCUGCUGCUGUUUAUCAGAUAUAUACUGGAUGACUUAUAUAAGAAUUAAACUGUCACAUCAUGGCCUGUUUUUUCUCUAUGUUAUGCUGAAUGACUCAUGCGGUAAAUAUAAGGCAAGGGACAUGAGAUAAGGCCAUCUUGCACAUGCUUGACAUUGAAGUUGGUCAACAUAACUCGUAUCCAGAGACUCAUUUAAUUUGGGCGAGCAGUAAGAAAACCAGAGAUUGAUUUCUCUAUAUUUGUAUCAGUGGAGAAAGUGUAGCGGUCAACUUUCAUGUGCAUUUAGGGCUGUCACAAUGAUAAAUAAUCAUCUCAUCGCGAUUGUUUGACCUCAUCGCGAUGAUUUCAGAUCACCGCAAUGAUUGCACAUCUCUUUAAAAACACAAGGGGGAGCUGCAGCGCCUGUAUAAAUGAGACAGUAUCAGAUGUUAUUGUUAAGAACCUGUAAGGAAUUAAUUUUUUUGCGGCGACUACAGACGUGGUCCAGGACUAAUAUGAUCUUAGUAGGAUUGGCUACUAUUUAAGGCCUGUUCUGGCAUAGUUAGUUUAUUUUGACUGCAUUUUUAUUUUCAGUUAUUUGUCAAAGUCCCAAAACAGGCAAUUAAUCGUCAUAAUCGUCACAAUUUAUUAGGCAAUUAACUGUCAGCCAAAUUUCAUAAUCGUGACAACCCUAUGUGCAUCUUGUGCAAAAAUGUUUAAAAGGAAAAAGUAGUGCCAUGAACUAACAUAUGCAUGUGAAAAAAAACAACAAAGUAAAGGGCGCUUAUUAUGCAAAAUCCACUUUUAAUCCAAGGUGUUUGGACAUGAGUGUGUGUUGGCAGUGUGAACACAACAACGGAAAAAAAUCCACCUCCUUUUUUAAUCCACAUUAAACCAAAGCAGUCUCAUUAGACAUGGGCUGCGUCCGAAAUCUCAAAAAAUUUUGCUUUCGGCAUUUCAAGGCCACCAAAGUAAUUGCCACAUGAGGGUUUUGAUUCUCUUGUAAAUGUGAUGUCACACUGAAAAAGCUCCGCCCACGGCCACUGACUAACAGUCCUGCAUUACCAUAGUUUACACCCUCAGCGAGUUGUACGUUGUCUGCUAUAUCUCAACAGAGUGAGAUACUAUUGUCUCGGUCUGUAUUCACAGGAAUCAGAUCUCUAUUUUAACAAAAGCGCUCAUUGUCUCUUUUGGUAAGGGAGUGAGGAGCUGUAGCUAAUUCGCAUUUAAAGGGACAGACACAAAACAGCAAAUUUGUGCACCCAUCCAAAUAGAGGCAUUUUAGACAUGCUAUUAUAAAUGAUCUGUGGGGUACUUUGAGCUAAAACUUCACAGACACAUUUUGGGACUUGUAUUACAACUUGUAUAAAUGGUCAUAAUAGGUGCCCUUUAAUACACAUAAAUUAUAUUUAAUGCAAAAGUAUGAUUUGUCUAUGCAAGUCCUAAAAUCUUUUCAGUACUUUUUAGUCACAAAGGCUACAUUAACAUGGGUGUAGGGGUGUGUAAACACUAAUAUUGUAUUAUUCAUAUUAUUAUUUUAGUAGAUCGACACACAGACAGAUGUGACAGUGAGUUCUUGCUUUAUCUUUCUCACUCACUCCACACAUCUUAAGGCUUGGCCUGUGGUUAUGGUCUCUGUCUUUAAUAAGCUUUUCUUAUGCUAAUACAGAGUGACGCAGGCCAGCGGCUCUGAGGAGUACAGUAUAAGACCUCUGGAUCUCUCUGUGUGUGUGUGAAUUUGAUUUUGUGUGUGUUUUUAUGGGAGUCACCCAUGUAUGUGACCCUGGACCACUAAACCAGUCACACAGAUAUAUUUGUAGCAAUAUCCAACAAUACAUUGUAUGGGUCAAAAUUAUACAUUUUAUGGCAAAAGUCAUUAGGAUAUUAAGUAAAGAUCAUGUUCCAUGAAGAUAUUUUGUACAUUACAUAUCAUAAAUAUAUAAAAAUGUAUUUAUCAUUAAUAAUGUGUUGCUAAGGACUUUAUUCGGACAACUUUAAAAGGUGAUUUUCUUAAUAUUUAGAUUUUUUGCAGCCUCAGAUUCCAGAUUUUCAAAUAGUAUCUCAGCCAAAUAUUGUCCUACAUAACAAACCAUACAUUAAUAGAAAGCUUUUAUAUGAUGUACAAAUCUCAAUUUAAAAAAAAUUACCCUUAUGAUUGCUUUUGUGGUCCAGGGUCACAUAUUUUCGAUCAGGGUGUAUUUUAAUCCACGCUGGUCUAAAACAAACACAAUAAAAAUGGUCCUUAUUGUUACUGUAAUCUGUCUGGAUGUAGUAAUUGACCUGUUGUAAUUUAUUGUAUAGAGAUAGAUAUAUAAAACACUAAUAGUACAAUAUUUCCUUUUUAUUUAAAUUAUCAUUAAAAAUGACUAAAAAUGCAAAUAAAUACAUCGAUAAUUUGAA